CUUUAAAAGUUCCUCCCACUUUCCACUAAUCCCCAAGAGUGUGGGCUCAGAAACCGUUUUCUCUUUCCAACUACCCAGACAACUUGAACAAGACUUGGACAUACAGAGGAAAGGAAGACAGACAAAAGGUAGAAAAAGAAGAAAGAGGCCUUUGCACAGGCAAUCAUGGGGAAGAGAGUCGCCAUCAUCGGAGCAGGUGUCAGUGGCUUGGCCUCCAUCAGGAGCUGUGUGGAAGAGGGGCUGGAGCCUACCUGCUUUGAGAGGAGCAAUGACAUCGGGGGCCUGUGGAAAUUCUCCGACCAUGCAGAGGAGGGCAGGGCAAGCAUUUACCAAUCAGUCUUUACCAAUUCUUCCAAAGAGAUGAUGUGUUUCCCAGACUUUCCAUAUCCUGAUGACUUUCCCAACUUUAUGCACAACAGCAAGAUCCAGGAAUAUAUCACUGCAUUUGCCAAAGAAAAGAAUCUCCUGAAAUACAUACAAUUCAAGACAUUUGUGUCCAGUGUAAAUAAACAUCCUGAUUUCUCAACUACUGGCCAAUGGGAAAUUACCACUGAAAAAGAUGGCAAAAAGGAAUCAGCUGUCUUUGAUGCUGUAAUGGUUUGUUCUGGACAUCACGUGUACCCCCACCUUCCAAAAGAAUCCUUUCCAGGAUUAAAAGAUUUUAAAGGCAAAUGCUUCCACAGCAGGGACUAUAAGGAACCAGGUGCAUUCAAGGGAAAGCGAGUCCUGGUGAUUGGCCUGGGGAAUUCCGGCUGUGAUAUUGCCACAGAACUGAGCCACACAGCUGAACAGGUCAUCAUCAGCUCCAGAAGUGGCUCCUGGGUGAUGAGCCGGGUCUGGGACAAUGGCUAUCCUUGGGACAUGCUAUACGUCACUCGAUUUGGAACCUUCCUCAAGAACAGCUUACCGACAGCCAUCUCGGACUGGUUGUACGUGAAACAGAUGAAUGCCAGAUUCAAACAUGAGAACUAUGGCUUGAUGCCUUUAAAUGGAACCUUGAGGAAAGAGCCUGUGUUUAAUGAUGAGCUCCCCGCUUGCAUCCUGUGUGGCACCGUGUCUGUUAAGCCUAAUGUGAAGAAGUUCACAGAGACCUUGGCCAUUUUUGAGGAUGGGACUGUGUUUGAGGCCAUCGACUGUGUCUUUUUUGCAACAGGCUAUAAUUAUGCCUACCCUUUCCUCGAUGACUCUAUCAUCAAAAGCAGAAACAAUGAAGUCACUUUGUUUAAAGGCAUCUUCCCUCCUCUACUAGAGAAGUCAACCAUGGCAGUAAUUGGCCUUGUUCAGUCCCUUGGGGCUGCCAUCCCCACAGCUGACCUCCAAGCCCGCUGGGCAGCACGAGUAAUAAAGGGAACUUCUACUUUACCCUCUGUGAAAGAUAUGAUGGAUGAUAUUGAUGAGAAAAUGGGGAGAAAGCUUAAAUGGUUUGGUAACAGCGAGACCAUCCAGACGGAUUACAUCGUUUAUAUGGAUGAACUUGCCUCCUUCAUUGGAGCAAAGCUCAACAUCCCGUGGCUUUUCCUCACAGAUCCCAAAUUGGCUGUGCAAGUUUUCUUUGGCCCUUGCAGCCCCUACCAGUUUAGGCUGGUGGGCCCAGGGAAGUGGUCAGGAGCCAGAGAUGCCAUCUUGACCCAGUGGGAUCGGACAUUGAAACCCAUGAAGACAAGAGUUGUUGGGAGUCUUCAGAAGCCGUACUUCUUUUUCCCUUGGCUCAAGCUCCUUGCUAUUCCUAUUCUGUUAAUUGCUGUCUUCCUUGUGUUGUUCUAAUCACCAUUCCCUCGAGGAUUUCUGAAAGUUACUGACAAUACUCAGGCAGAAACUUCCUAUUUAAAAAUUAAGAUUUUUCACACCUCCUACUCCUUUUUAAAUAAGUUCCUUUAAGAAUCAUGUCAUGAUCUAAAAAGAGCAUUAAUCAUAUCUCUUUAGGCGCCACUGACACUUGGGAAUCAGAACUGUGUUCUUUAUGUUUAAUUUAAAUCAUCUCCUGAAAGUUUUUACCACGAUUUCUUUUCUCCUGUAGCCAAUGUUUGAAAUAAACAUUUCAAAUCUAAACAAAGAGCAAAUUAAGCAAAAUAAUAUGAUAUUCCCAAGCUACCUCUACAAAUCAUUUGCAGUAUAAAAGGGGGAGUCUGGCUACUGUAUUUCAUUUUUGUUUUGUGGAACAAUCCUCCAGGCAAGACCUCCUGUUCCCUGGCCAAGAAGCAUAGCAGCCAGACCUGGUCUAUGUUGAAAAUUAACACAAACUAACUCAUUUUAUUUAUACUCUCAAUAAGGAAACAAAUAUUCCAGAAACAAAUUUAACAGCAAAACAACAACCACCACAACAGAAAGCAGCAGCAGCAGCAAGGACCAAAUAUGUAUUUUAGCUGAAGGGGAAUCUUUUUAAAAGUUAAAUGUUCUGCCAAAACUGUGACCAAAGUCUAACACUGCCUGUGGAGGUUGAACUUCUCAGGUACCAGAAUAAAUCCAAAAUAUCAUUUUAAAAUGAACAAUAUUGCCUUUUGUCAUCAAAAUUCUGAUAAUUAUAAUUUUUAAAUUUUGACAGUAUAGAGCAAAGAAAACGACAUGUAUAUCGGGAAAAGAUUACAUUUUCAUCUAAUACUUUCUUUUUUUCCGUUAUUUCCUUCAUAUUUUUAUUUUUCAAGCUGAAGUUUAUCAUGAGCGUUAUGCACAAUUUAAAUCUUUCUCUUUUCCUAAUUAUGUAUUGUAACAAAGUUAACGUUCUGCUUUUAGGCAGGGUACACUGGCUCGUGCCUGUAAUCCUAGCACUCUGGGAGGCUGAGGCAGGUGGAUUGCUUGAGCUCAGGAGUUCAAGAUCAUCCUGAGCAAGAGGAAGACCCCAUCGCUACUAAAAAUAGAAAAAAUUAAAUAAAAAAUAAAAACUAACCAGGCAUUGCAGCAGGUACGUGUAGUCCCAGCUACUCAGGAGGCUAAGGCAAGAGGAUCGCUUAAUUCCAGAAGUUUGAGAUUGCUGUGAGCUAUGACACCAUGGCACUCUUCCCAGGGUGACAGAGUAAGACUCUGUCUUAAAAAAAUAAAUAAAUAAAUAUUGAUUUUAGGGUGUGAAAUAUUCCCAGAUAUUGCUAAAUGAAACAAACGUUUCUUGAAAACCUGUGUCCUAAAAGGAAUCAAGUAACCAAAAAUUUAUGCAGUUCAUAGGUUUAUUUCAUUUGCUAUUAUAAAUGCUAGUACACAAAUAAAAUUGAAAAGUAAAUUGCUAUAAUCCAAUUUCUAUUAUACUUUUUUGUAAGAGACUCGUGUUUCAAUAUGUUCCCUUCCAAAAUUCAUGUUGGAACUUAAUCCCUGGUGUGGCAGUAUGGAAGGGGGGAACUUCAAGAGCUGACUGGGUGAUGAAGGCUCUGCCCCCCAAAAUGGAUUAAUCCAUUCAUGGAUUAAUGGGUUAGCACAGGAGCAGCACUUGCUCUCACCAGAUGCAGGGUAUCAGCCUUGGACUUCUCAGCCUCAAACAACUCAAUAGCAAAAAACCCAAAUAAUCGAAUUUUUUAAAGGCAAAUGAAUUGAAUGCAUAUCCAUAAAAAAGAGAAAUACAAAUGGCCAAGUGGCAUAUGAAAAAUUGUUGAAUGUCACCAAUCAUCAGGGAAAUGCCAAUCAAAACCACAAUGAGACAGAUAACAUCUCACCUCAG